CGAGAGGGACACCCCGACGCACCGCACGCUUCAUGGACGUCAACUAAAGAUUCCUGUCAACUUUAAGACUUCAACGUAUUCACAACGAUCAUGAUGAUAAAGCCGUACGCCCGUCCAGGAGCUGAGGAGGAGGAGGUGCCCAGCCCUGUGCAGUGGAUGGACCGAGCCGACUCCACCAGCUCCCCCGACGACCACCCCAACUCCGCCCACAACUUCACCCCUCCCCUCCUGUCCGAGCACCCCCACGAGGCCUGCAGCGAGGAAGACGAAGCCGAAGACGAAGGCCACGACGACGGCUGCAAACGGCGCGGACCCAAGAAAAAACGCGUCACCAAAGCGAGACAGGAGCGAUUCCGGGCGCGCAGGAUCAAAGCCAACGCCAGGGAGAGGUCUCGAAUGCACGGGCUGAACGACGCGCUGGAGAACCUGCGCAGCAUCAUGCCGUGCCACUCCAAAACCCAAAAACUCUCCAAGAUCGAGACGCUACGGUUGGCGCGCAAUUACAUCUGCGCCCUGUCGGAGGCGCUAGAGGGGGGCGUGUCCAUGCAGAGUAGAGCGUUCCUGGAUACGCUGUGUAAAGGCCUAUCGCAACCCACGUCGAAUCUGGUGUCCGGGUGUCUUCAGCUCGGACCGAAACAAGAGGAAAGACAGAUCGCGUCAAUGGGUUACGCUUCUACCGGGUUACCAAGUCCGCCGUAUGGGACAUUUGACUCCGCCCACCUGCUCCACCUGAGAUCCAUUAAGGCCAACCUGUACGACGGGCAUUCGACAGGUGUGGGCACGCCUCCUUACGAAGCCCCGCCCACUCCUCCUCUUAGCAUCAGCAGUAACAUGGUACCGAAGCAAGACACCUCUCCGUCGUACAUGAACCCGCACCACUAUUCUCCAUCCGAGCCGAACCAGGGCCUGUACCAGACUCCGUACGAGGGCCAGAUGGAAGGGCAGUACGAGUCGUAUCACGUGGGGCCCCGACACGUGAGCGCCAUCUACAGGGACUGACAGGUUCAUUCAUAAAGCACACUGACUGACACUUUCGAUGCAAGAGGAAAGGACUGAAGAGGACUGAAGCUGGCAAAAACAACUUUACCAUAAAAGGAUUGGGCAAUAGCUUGAAACUGAGCAGGGCAAAAUGGGUCACAUUUUAGAAUUUUAGAAGUCAUAAUUUCAGAUGAAGGACAGAGGUUUGUGUUUUUAAAAAGUCUUAAAGUCUUUCCAACUGACAACAAUCACGUCUUUGUGGUUGAAAAAUGGCACCACUUUCUGAAGCUACUGUGAAAAAGCAAUUUCAUUUGUUGAUUUAUACUGAGAGGGAAGACGUCGAACUUUGUGCCAGUUUUUGUUUCAUGUGGAUAGGCCGAGUAAUUACAAAGAUAUGAACCGUAAACCAGGUCAACAAAUCUGCAAAGUUACAGCAAACUCCAGAAAUUUGUUAAUCUUUUAAUUUCUCUGUAAUUACCAGGCCUAUCCACAUGAAACAAAAACUAGCAUGAAGAUUUUCUCUGUCAAAUUCUUUUCUCCAUGGAGAUGUUAUUUCUGUGUCUGGAAUGUUUCACAGUAUAGUACUAAACAUUUCUAUCUUCAUGGAAACCAAACCAAAUCAAGUUACAGGAGUGUUUGUUUUUCUAGCUGUUUUUGAGCUGUAAAGCCACCUGUAAUUGAAUAAAUGUAAGGUAAAGCUGUUUAAUGUCAUACUGUGGAACAUUCCAGGCAGUGCACUGACAUCUCCAGUAUAGGCUUCUCCCUCCGUCUGAAAUUACGACAUCGACUUCUCCAAUGCUCAAAAUUCAGCCUACUGCCCAAGUGUUUCUCUGUCUCUGAACAUGUAAAAGUGAAUACCAAAUAGUGAAGAAGGAGCAAGGUUUGGUCAGUUUUCUCUAUAACUUUGGCUCAACUGUUGAUAUAUUUAAACAAGCAGUUCUUUUAAAAUAUUUAAAUGUCCUGUACCAGAUUUUUUCUCUCUUAAAAAUGAGAAAAACGGAACUGGUUUGCAGGGGUCUACAGUUCUCCCUCGCUUACCUUAUGCAUUCAGAGCAUCCUAAUUAUUCAACACAACUUCUCACAACUUUCAGAGACCGGAGCAUAGUGCGUGGUCAUGGUAAUGCUAACAACUAUCAUGCUAACCACACACUUCCUGAUUCCCAGACAACAAAAAAACAAAACACUUUUAUAACUGGACGCAGGCAGAACACAUGAAUCUUGUUUUGAGAGUUUUUGAAAGUCAUCCAGGUAAUGUUGACAGCAACUAGCAUGCUGACCACACACUUGAUGAAUAGAGUUGACAUCCAUGUAACGCUAACGGCAGCUCGCAUGCGAACUGUGCACUUCCUGAUUCUCGGACAACAAAACAUUUUUAUAACUCAAAGCAGGCAGGACACAUGAAUCUUGUUUUGAGAGUUUUGACGUCCAGGUAACGCUGACAACAACUAGUAUGCUAACCGCACACUUGAUGAAUAGAGUUUUGACGUCCACGUAAUGCUAACAAGAACUAGCAUGCUACCCGCGCACUUCCCGGACAACAUAACGCUUUGUAACUGGACACAGACAGAUCACAUAAAUCUUGUUUUGAGAGUUUUGACGUCUAGGUAACGCAACAACUAGCAUACUAACCGUGCACUUCCUGAUUUCCAAAAAGCCAAAGUUCUUGAGAAACUGUGACCACGUUGAAUACCACUGAGCAGCACUUGUAGCAUCUUAUAUUUGAACUGUAAUUUACCUAUUUAACUUAUUCUCUUAUUUAAUUCAGAAAUUAUUUUUGUUCACACAGGCAGCUCUGUUUGUCUUUCUUAUGUUUGUUGUUUAGGAUUUGUGAGUUCAUUUUGUUGUUGUUCUGUUUUGUUGUGUUCAUUUUACAGUUUUGCACUUAAGUCCAGAAGUAGAAAUGGUAGCGAAAUGUAGCUCAAAUGUCAUUC